AUGCGUUCAGUUUAGUUUUCAGUACUGCAGCGGCCUCAUCGACAGUGUACGUCGGUCGUAUAACCGUAUGUAUGUAUGUUGUAAACGUACACACAAUACACCAUAGUGAACUUUCCAUUGAGCAUUAAACUACUCGCUUUGUUCAAAGUAAUAAUAAUUCUUGGUUUCGUAUUUUAUUUAGUUCGCGCGAAUGUGUAUCGAUUUGUAUUUUGUGUUCGAAAACCAAAUGUUUACGUCGCUAGUGUUUUAAUCGCGAGUUUUGGUUUUUUAUCAUUAUUUUUUGUUUUAUUAAUUAGGUUCGAAUCGGUGAUACCUAUCUGUUUGUGUAAUAAGUCAAAAUGUUUGAUGUGUUUGGCUCCGUGAAGGGGCUGCUUAAAAUCGAUUCGGUAUGUAUCGACAACAAUAUCUUCAGACUGCAUUACAAAGCGACGGUGAUUAUCUUGGUGGCUUUUUCGUUGAUCGUCACUUCUCGACAAUAUAUCGGCGAUCCGAUCGACUGCAUCGUGGACGAGAUCCCGUUAAACGUAAUGGACACAUAUUGCUGGAUUUAUUCGACGUUCACGAUACCGAACCGACUAGGCGGCAGAAUCGGUAAAGACGUUGUGCAACCUGGCGUUUCUAGUCACGUCGAAGGCGAAGACACCGAGAAAUACCACAAAUACUACCAAUGGGUAUGUUUCGUAUUAUUUUUCCAAGCUAUGUUUUUCUAUUUGCCGCGCUACUUGUGGAAAACGUGGGAAGCCGGUCGUCUGAAAAUGCUCGCCUUAGACCUGACCUGCCCGAUAAUCAGCGACGAAAACAAAAAGGACCGUAUACGCUUACUGCUCGACUACUUCCAGACCAAUCUGCACUGCCAAAAUUUCUACGCUAUUCGUUUCAUGAUCUGCGAAGUGUUGAAUUUCGUCAACGUCGUCGCCCAAAUCUAUUUCGUCGAUUACUUCCUCGAUGGCGAAUUCAGCACGUACGGCUCGGACGUGCUCAAGUUUACCGAACUCGAACCGGAAGAGCGAGCUGAUCCUAUGGCUCGAGUAUUUCCAAAGGUCACCAAAUGCACCUUCCACAAAUACGGUCCUUCCGGCUCGGUGCAGAAGUUCGACGGACUCUGCGUACUCCCACUGAACAUCGUCAACGAGAAAAUCUACGUAUUCCUCUGGUUCUGGUUCAUCUUGCUGACCGUACUCACCGGACUGUGCAUCAUUUACAGAGCGGCCAUCGUCAUGAGCCCGGCACUACGCCUGUACCUGCUCAGAGCCAGAUCUCGUCUGUCGUCGCAGAAAGACGUACAAAUCAUCGCCGAUAAAUUCCAACUUGGCGACUGGUUCAUACUCUAUCAAUUGGGCAAAAACAUCGAUCCGUUAAUAUUCAAGGAAUUAGUUUCGUCCUUAGCCAACAAACUCAACGGUAAAGAAUCGGUAUCCGUUUAACCUACAAACAAAAUAUUACCUAUACUUCUUACUACUACUACUAGUUCGUCGUGCGAUCCCAACAAACCUGCUGCUGCUGCCAUGCCAUGUUGCAUCUUGCAUCUGCUUCUUCGUUCGUUUCUCUUCUCUCUCUGUCAGUCUCAUCUGCAUUCAUCGUCAUCGUCUUUUACGAGUAUAGGUCCCUAUACCUUUACCUAUAUACUCUUAUGUGUGUGAAUAUUCCAUCAGCGUUCCGCGAGCCUGCACCACAACUCGGUAGGAUUUUUUAUUCUUCUUCUCUCGAGCGUUAUUUCUUUAUUCUUUGUUAACCUUAUGUAACUUUACCUUUUUUUUCUCUCCUCUCCUUCUCCAUUCCACAUCUUCUUUCUUCUUUGUCUUUGUUGCUCGAGCUGUGCAGAUCAGUUUCGACGAAGGUACAUUUUUUUCCCUGCUACGACGACUUUUUCUUUCCUCCGAGUGAGGUUUUUUCCUGAAAUAAACACCAGAUGUUAUUUUAUUCAAAUUAAUAUUCGCGUAUACUUAAAAUAUGUCGAUAACACCAGCCAGGGAGAAAAAAAUACAACAUCCAAGAUGCCAACCAGGUUGACAGCAGAUUUUACCAUCGAAUCAACCUAUUCCCGUCACCUUCUCAUCUCAUUUAAUCGCCCAUAAGUUACCAGCUCGUAUUUAGGUAUUUUUUUUCUUCUUUUUUUUAAAAAACAAAUCCGCCAAGGGUUUUUUGAACUACAUAAUCGUACAAUACUAGGUUAUAUAGCACGGUAACCGGUUCUCUGUGCGAUCAUAACUCGCUUAUGUGUAGCUUGGACUAGGCUGGAUCGGAAAUUUUGAACGAAUUUUUCGAACAAAAAAAUCAAAUCACCAUCUCGAUGCAUUUUUCACCCCAAUUCCCCAUCCUCAUUUUGGAGUAAUUUCUCUGACAAACGAAACGAAUCCCAAACGUUAGGGGAUAAUAUGUAAAAUCGAUUCCAGCCGAUUAUAGGACUGCUGCUGUUGCUGUUGUUGUUACUAUACGACCAAUUCAUUCACGAGUCCCAGACAUCUGCCUCUGUAAAAUCGUCGACGAAUCGUGUAAAUCUGAAAUAUGUACGUCUGCUUGAAGAGUAGUCGGUGAACCGAAACGAACUCCCUUUUAUCCAUUUUAAUGUAUUUCAAACGCGCCCAGAUGAUUCGUUCUUGCUGCAAAACUAUAAUGUACUGCUGGGGAGGAAGAAACCCCACCUUUGAUAAUCUUCCAAAAAUAGAGUCACGGCGUAAUUACUCGUAUAUAAGGUCUCUUCUAUAUUCGUCCAGACUCCAGUCGUGUAUAUUCGUAGUAGAAAAAAAUUCAAACUACGUGGUUUAGAUGAUGAAAUCCAUCUUACAAAAUUACCUCAUCGAUCAUCAAGAAGAUGGAUGACUUUUUUUUCAGUUCGACUAUCUUCUCGACGGUCCUGUCGCCUUGCCAAUGGAAUUUCGAAACAUCUGAUCGUCGAUUACCCCCCCCCCCCCACAUUUAAACACCUAGAACGCCAAAUCGUGGAUAAAUUUCAAAUUUGGGAUAUUUCAGCGCGAAACUGUCACGAUUAUCGAGAGCAAAACAUCUUUUUUGAUUCAAAUAUUUUCUCAAAAGUCCAUUAGAUCGUCAAAUUCCCCCGCCUCUCGAAAAAAGGCACCCUUUUUUGGUUGCACGUUGUACGUGUAUAUUACCAAUCGAACAUUGGCGCCCAACGUGGGGCCAAUCUAAUACUUUCUUGGGCGUCUCCUUAGCCAUUGCGAUGAAAUUCAAAAAAAAAUUUCUUGAAUUACCCCCCCCCCCCCCCCUUCAAAAAGGCACCCUUUUUGGUUGUACGUUUAUAUUACUAAUCUAACAUUGGCGCCCAAUGUGGGGCCAAUCAAAUAUUUUAUUGGGUGUCUCCUUCGCCAUUGCGAUGAAAUUCAAAAAAAAUUAUCUUCAAUGUCUUCAACCCCCCCCCCUCCACCUUAAAAACCCCUAGAACGUCGAUAAAUUUGGGGAGGAUACAGAUCGAGAUAUUUCUGGUCGAAAUUAGGCCACGACAAUCGAGAAGAAAAACACCCUUUUGGUUCGAAUGCUUUCUCAGGGGCCCCUUUCGUCGUGCUAAUUUAUUUCCAAAACUUUUGAUCGUCUCGAACCCCCUUCUUUGAACCACCUCAAAAUAAACCUAGAACGUCGAUCGAGAUAUUUCUGGCACCGAAGGCGCGCGAACGAAGGGCAAAGAAAGAGGUUAUUUCGUAAGAAUUUUUUUACUCCUAAAUACAUCUCACACACGAUCAAUUAAACCAGUCGAAAUUUAUGCCCAUGACUAUACGAUAAUGCUGUUCGAACCAAGGACAAAAUAAUAUACAUCAACCUACGAUCGUUGUAUUUUUUAAUUACGAAAAUAGUUAGAACCAAUUAAUAGUGAUAUACUACACAGACUGUCUACUAUAGAGCUAUAGAGAUGAAAUCGUACGAACAAUGUGAUUCUCAACUGAAAUUUUCGUUUUGCUCGUCACUUUUUCCUCCCCUGCAACUGCAAACUUUACAUUCCUGCAAAUUAUUCUAUACAAUCAUUCUCUUUUUUACGAAACGUUUGUGUUCAAUUUAUUCUUUCCAUCUUUUGCCCUCUUUUUUAUUAAUGAAAAAGCGUAAGCAAAAAAACAAAUUGUCGAUGUUUUUCCAACACUCGAGUCGCGAUAAGUUUUCAUCUUGUAUUGUUAAUUCUACUUUUUUUUAUAAGUGAAAAUGAUCUCGGCAACGAGCUUCAUCAUGAGCACGCAUUCCAACUUUUUUUUCGAAUUUUUUAUGUAUUUUAUUUUUCGUUAAUUUUUUUUUUUCUUUAUCGAUGUUUUAUUCUUUGUUGUGGUCUUCCCCGUUCUGUAUUUUUGUUUGUUUAUUUAUUUGUUUUUCCUCUUCUUCUUCUGUGUGGAUAUCUCGACAUCUUUCCAUAGCAGCUAAUUUGGCCGACUAGACUGCAAAAAUAUUUAUUUUCUCCAGCACUGGGUGUUUUUUAAUACGAAAAAAUGUAAAAAAAAAAAAAUUCGAAAACAGUGGUUCCCAAAUCGGCGGUUUUCUUCAAAACACACGCUCGCUUCAAUUAGGUGUAAUCAUUACGUUGAAUUAAAAACGUCUCGAGGAUUUUCCCUCCUCUUUUUAUUGUUCAUUCUCAACAUAUAAGACUGGAAAAUCGAGCUUCCAAAAAAAAAAAAUAUGUUUGUGUGUAUUUUGUAGAUAUUAUAUAAAGAAAAAAAUAAAUUAAAAAUAAAACAAUAAUAAUGUGUUCACAACGUUUACAUAUCAACAUGUUUCAAAAUAUAGGUACUAAUAGGUAUAUAAAUCGUAACUUUCUCGUGAAAACCCCCUCCCCCUUCUAUGUGUUUGUUUUUUACAUCAUUUUUUUUUUGUAUUUUUACGAUAUAUUAAUAUUAUGAUUAUACGUGGAAGUUUUUUCAACAUAUCAACGUAAUGAAAAAGCAAUCUAUUGAACCCGUUGUGAAGAUAUUUUAAGUGCCUUAUUUAAUUUAAUUAAGUUUAUAUGUUUUUUCUUUUUUUUUUCUAUCAUUUCAUUUUAGUAGUGCGAUGUUGUGUGCGCGUACGUGUUUUAUUGUCAGUCGUAUGUAAUAUUGUAAAAAAUCUUUUUAGAUGUGUAUUUUUUUUUCUAUUCUAUUUUCGUCUCAAUUGUGUCGAUGAGAUUUUAAGCGUGCGGUUAAAUUUUCUUUUUGUUUCGCGUGUAGGAAAAUCGAUUAAGUAUGUAGCAUUUUUGUUCUCGAAUCAACUGAUGGUUCGAAAGUUGAAAAAAAAAACGCGUAAAUAGGUCGCGAUUUUUAUUUAUUCACAAUAUUUAAUCGGAUAAGAAUUUUUUAUUUAAUGUUUUUUUGUGAUAUUUAGUGUAGGAAUUCUUUUAUUAUGUAUUUAUAUCAAUUUUUUUUCUCUCUUUCCUCCUCUUCUUAUCUUCUCUUUCUCUUCUUGUUUCCUUCGCUCCUUUACUCUAUUUAUGAUGUAUACUGUACAGUUGAUACUUUGAUAGCUCUCGUUUUCUCUCAUUCCAAUUUCCAAAUCGAUGAAAUUAUUCGUACGUUCAAUUAUUAUAUUAUGCUCAAUACAAUUUCGAUAGUCUGAUUUUACUUGUUAUUUGCUCAUUUUUUUUGGUCCUCCAACAUCUCGAUGACGAAUAAAUAAUACACGUUACAUUCCGUGAAAUAAUCCUUACGAUUGUAUUGUUUUUAUUUUUGAAUUUUUACUUUUUUUUUCUUGUUCUUGUUUUGUAAAUGGCAAUAUGUUCGAAAUUGUAUGUUUGUUUUUUUUUUAAUCCAUAUAUUUUGUACUCAGUAUCGGUGAUAACUGUAACUCUUUAAAAUUUGUAAUCUAGCGUCUAAUAUUUUUUUAAAAAUUAUUUUUUAAAAACGAGCGAAUAUAUAUCGUUAUCGAAAUUA